AUGAAGGGUCAACUCUCAGCGGAAACGGUGGUAGGUGCGACGGCGAGUUCGGUGUGGGAAGUCUACAAGGGGCUGGAGCUGGGAAGACUUGUGGAUAGAUUACUACCAGAUGUUCUUGGAAAGGUCGAGGUUAUUGAAGGCGAUGGCGGUGUUGGCACCAUUGUUAAGCUUACAUUUCCAAAAGGAACUCCUGGAGCUGGUUAUAUAAAGGAAAUAUUCAAAAAGAUUGAUGAAGAGAAGCGAGUGGAGGAAACAGAAAUGAUUGAAGGAGGGUGGUUUAAAGUACUUGGAUUUGAAUCCUAUAUAAUUCGGCUGGAAAUUAUUGAGAAAGGUGGUGAAUCAAGUAUUAUUAAAUCUUCAAUUGAGUAUGAGGUCGAUGAUAAAUUAGCCAAUCUUGCUUCUGAAGUGACUACCAGGCCUCUGGAAAUAAUGGCAGAAGCCAUUGGGAAGUGCCUCAGCAACCAGAAAGCCCCUGCGUAG